AUGGCUGGAGCUAACGAUUUUGAGAUGAUGCUGAAUAAUUUUCUAAAAUCUGCUGAGAACAUCAUUACUCAUUUUGACGAUGACAAAGUUGUCAGGAAUCAGCUUCUGGACAACUUGCAUGUUUAUGUGAAAAAAUGCUGCUCCAACAGUUUGAGGGUAAAAAAAUUUUCCACUGCCUUCAGAGAAGUGUUUCAGAACAUUGAUGCAGAAAAUACGAAUUCGGACGAUAUAAUAAAGUUAUUUAAAGAAAAGAAAAACGAGUUUCUUGAUUAUGAGCCAGAUGUAUCUCAAAACUCAAAUUUUGAAGAAUUUUCCCAACAAAUGAAAGAUCUCGCUAACAGUGCGGAUGGAGUGAAAAAGAGGUCAGCUCAUGAAGAUGAUGAUAUUGAAAUGACACAAGAUGAUGUUAACGUAAUCGAUCCAUUUACAAAGAAACGGAUGACUGAUCCACUGAAAAAUAAAGUAUGUGGUCACAUUUAUGAUCGUGAGAGUGUAGUCCAAAUGCUCAAAUUAAACGAUAAGACGAGGUGUCCAGUCGUAGGAUGCAGCAACAAAGAAUCUAUUGAUUUAAAUAAUAUGAUUCCAGAUUUUGUUACAAGAAAAUUCUUACAUGAUAACCCAGCAUAGAUGACACUAUCAUUUUCUUUGUUUACCUUUAAGCGUUAGCAAUAAUUAUAUUAAUAUACUAAGAAACUUGUUCUAAUCAAUAAUGCGAUCAAAAUUAAGGUUUGAUAAUUUAUUGCAAUAAGUAUUAAGACGUUUAACAUUUAAGGAUCGCUCAC